AUGACCGGGUGUAAACCUGCUGACACGCCAGUUGAAUAUAAUUCAAAGCUUAGUAAUAAAGGUAACAGUGUCCCUGUCAACGAAGAAAGGUAUUGGCGGUUAGUUGAAAAAUUGAUCUACUUAUUUCACACGAGACCCGAUAUAUCAUAUACAGUUAGUAUUGUUAGUCAGUUUAUGCAGGCUUCUUAUGAGGAACACAUGACAACAGUUGAACGCAUCCUGCGAUAUUUGAAGGGAACACCUGGUAAGGGGUUAAUGUUCAAGGAUAACUGUUGCAUUGAAGCUUACACUGAUUCUGACUGGACAGGGUCUGUUGUUGAUAGAAAGUCAAUAUUUGGAUAUUGCACAUUUGUCUGGGGUAAUCUAGUGACUUGGAGAAGCAAGAAACAGGGAGUUGUGGCCAGAAGUGGUGUUGAGGCUGAGUAUCAAGCCAUGAGUUUAGGGAUAUGUGAAGAAAUCUGGUUGAUGAAAGUGUUAUCAGAUUUUCAUUAA